GGGUAUGUGUGUUGGCCCUAACAAAGGAUCACUUCCUUUCUUGAUUUAAAAGAACAGAAAAAUUAACAACCAAAUGAAAUUCAAGUACUUCCCAACGAUAAAUAGAUCAUCACCUUUACGCAACGUAUGAUGUAUGUAUUGUAUUUAUAUGUCCGUGUUCACUGUCAAUGUUACCGCCGCGGGAGCGACAAGUAUUUUCGAAAACACCUAUAUUACCUACUGAAGAAACUCCAAUUUAAAGAAAAAGUGAUAUACAUGUCUAUUUAUAUCUACAUAACGAUCUUACUUAUCUUCUCUACCACAGCUGAAGGCAGAAUUGCUUAAAAGGCUAAACUCAUAUUGAACAUAACUGAACUAAAGGAAUUAAUCGAAUAUUACUAAGAAGAAGAAAAUGCCGCCACGCUUAAGUGCUUAAGUGCCGGAACGUGGAUCCGCGUACGAGGAAGCUAUUUGAAAAAGGAUUCACCGAGAGGUUAAAAGUAUUUCGGGCCUCAAAGUGUACUUGACUUUCAGUAAUGAAAACAGACUAAGAAGAAAAGACUACUUAAGUACAAUAUUCCAAAUUUCGUAACAAGUAACAGUGUAAAAUAAUUUUAAACCGUUGAUAUUCUGGAUCAAAGUAAAUAUGGAAGACAAUAUAGUAAACCACAUACUCUGCUUACACAAACAGGGGAAGUGGAAAGAGAUCUGCGAUAGUUUCCAUAAUCACCCGGACCGGAGCAAAGUGCUGUGGGUGUUCCCUAGUGAAGAGAAUUUUGCGUUUAUUGGAGACCGUGUGAGGGAGAUGGGGUGUGAUAGGGUGCUCAGUGUGGGGUGUGGGAGUGGGCUGCUGGAGUGGAUGAUCACACAAACCACAGGUCUCCCGACAUCAGGCAUCGAGGUGGACGGCGCGUGGUGGCACUGCAAGUACGCGCCACCAACCUUCAUACCCCUCCUCUUCACCGCCCCUGCGUUAGACAAAGACAUCAUACGACUUCUGCACUCCUCUACCACAGCGCUACUCUUCUGUUACUUCAACAAUAGACCGGCUUUUGAAGAAUAUCUUAGGGAUUUUACGGGAAAAGUAUUAAUAAUUAUAGGGCCGGGGGAUGGCAAGGGGGUGCAUACGGACCCGAGGCCCUUUGGGGAUGUGGGCGAGGAAUGGACGCUACUCAAAUCUCAGGAGGUUAGGAGCAGUUUUGAUUUUAUUGCGGUUUAUCGUAGAGACUGACAAUAGUUCUAAUAUAGGUAGCCUAGCAAGAUAUCCAAAUAGUGUAACUUUAGAAAAUAUUUUAAUAAGUAAAAAUACAUAUCUACUUUA